AACGUAGGCAGAUCAGUCUCCUCACCCUAGUACGCGGCGGCGACAACCGGCCGGCGAGCUCCCCCUCCGCGCUCUCCCUUGCGGCGGCCUCCUCCUCUCCUCUCGCCGCCUCCACUGAUCGCCCGCGAGCAGGGGCUCUGUCGUCCUUCGUCCUCACCGUGUAGGGGUAGGGGUUCAACUGAACCCCCAUGUCCCACGAUAGAGCCACCCCUGCCAUGGGAGAAGGUGCAAAUGGGAGGUCGUUCAAUUUUCUCGAAGUUCUUUUUGAGGGUGUAAUAGCUGGAGGUGCUGCUGGUGUUGUUGUCGAGACAGCUUUAUAUCCUAUUGAUACAAUAAAAACAAGGCUUCAGGCUGCAAAAGGUGGAAGUAAAAUUCAAUGGGAAGGCUUGUAUGCUGGGUUAGGUGGAAAUAUUGCUGGUGUUCUCCCAGCUUCUGCAAUCUUUAUAGGAGUAUAUGAGCCAACCAAGAGAAAACUUCUAGAAGUAUUUCCUGAAAACUUGAGUGCUUUGGCUCAUUUGACUGCAGGGGCAAUUGGAGGUGCUGUAUCUUCACUUAUUCGUGUUCCCACAGAGGUGGUUAAACAAAGGAUGCAAAUGAGUCAAUUCAAGACUGCACCUGAUGCUGUUCGCCUCAUUAUUCAUAAGGAACGACUUAGAGGUCUUUAUGCUGGCUAUGGUUCCUUUCUUCUGCGAGAUCUGCCAUUUGAUGCUCUUCAGUUCUGCAUAUAUGAGCAGCUUCGAAUUGGCUAUAAACUGGCGGCAAAGAGAGACUUGAAAGAUGGAGAGAAUGCACUUAUUGGUGCUUUUGCUGGCGCAAUUACUGGGGCCAUAACAACACCCCUUGAUGUUCUGAAGACAAGAUUGAUGGUUCAGGGACAGGCAAACCAAUAUAGGGGAAUCAUAAGCUGCGCUCAAACUAUUCUAAGAGAGGAAGGUGCUGGUGCUUUCUUGAAGGGUAUUGAGCCAAGGGUAUUAUGGAUUGGCAUUGGUGGAUCCAUCUUCUUUGGUGUUCUGGAGAAAACGAAGUCGAUUCUAGCUGAGAGGAACAACCGGACAGACAGUAAACUAAGAAAACUGUGAAAGGAGGAUGAUUUUUUCAUUGCUGCUGCUAUAAUGCUAUUUUCCCAGGAUGACUACAGAUAGUUUGCCCGACCAAUUAGUUCUAGGAGCUCCUAUUCAUAUCCUUGCCAAUCCCAUCCAAAUCAUGUUUUUUUUGCUAGAGUGCAUGGGGUUAAAGUUCUAUUUCUUUUAUUAAAAACAGUGUUGGAAGCUUGUUUUAUACUUGAGCUAAAAAGAUAAUUUUCUGGAAGGGCAACGCUUACUAUUCGAAUUAAUAUAUUCUGUCAGCAAAUCAAAACUGAGGUUGCACGUCUAGUAGUAGUAUAGUUUACU